UUUACGAGACUAAGUUAUCAUACUAAGUAUCAAGAUAAACAUAAUAUCAUCAUGAACAACUUCACAUUUGACAGUAAUCCGGAAAGCCUCAGCAGUGGUGAUGAUAUGAUGCUUGAUCAUGUACCCUGUAAUAGUUCAAUCGUUUUUGACAGAUUUACAACUACCACUGAGGAGAGUUUCAUAAAGAAGGAUCACUGUUGGUUUGCUGAUUCUCAUCUUCCUACAGAUCUAAUCCUUCAAGUGGAAGGCAUCAGCUUUUAUGUGCACAAGUAUACAUUGAUAUCACGAUGUGAGUACUUCAGUCGGAUCAACAUUCAGACUCCAGACUCGGAUCUCAGCUAUGAUCUAAAGCUUGAUAACUUCCCUGGUGGAUCAGACACGUUCGAGAGUGUUCUAAAGUUUUGUUAUGGUCUACAUAUAGAACUAACCCCGGCAAAUGUAGCUCCACUGAGAUGUGCAUCGGAAUACCUACAAAUGACCGAAAAGUACGACGAAGGAAACUUAAUUUCAAAAACAGAAGCUUUUCUCACAUUUGUAGUUCUAUCUUCCUGGAAAGAUACAAUAACAGUUCUGAAAUCCUGUGAAUUUCUUUCCCCAUGGGUGGAAAAUCUACAGAUUGUCAGAAGAUGUUGUGAUUCCACAGCAUGGAUGGUCUCAAAUUCGUCAAAAAGUGUACACGAUGAAGGAUGGUGGUUCCACGAUGUUUUGACUCUUCGUAUUGAACAUUUUGUUCGAAUUAUAACAGGAAUCAGAGCAAAAGGAGUGGAAGCUGAAAUUCUAGGUGGUUGCAUUGUGAAGUAUGCUGAAAAAUGGUUACCCAUCCAUGUAGAUGUGAAGAAUAUUGAAGGAGGCUUCUUAGGGUAUCAUGGAACAAAUGAGUUGCGGCUGAGUAUCUCGAGUGGGAAAAAAGAAGGGAUUAGUGACGGAGAAAAUAAAGAGAAAAGAUUGUUGUUAGAGAGCAUAGUCAGUAUUCUGCCUCCUCAGAGAGAAGCUGUUUCCUGUAAGUUCUUGCUAUGGUUGUUGAAGAUGGCUGUGGUGUAUUCGGCUUCACCAGCAUUAAUUUCUGAACUCGAAAAGAGAGUGGGGAUGGUUUUGAAAGAUGCAGAUGUGAAUGAUCUUCAAAUACCUAGUUACAAGAAUGCAAGUGAUCAAGGGAAGUUCAAAGAAGACAACACCAUACAUGAUGUGGACAUGGUACACCGAAUUGUUGAGUAUUUCAUAAUGCAUGAACAACAGCAGCAACAGGAAACAUCAUACGAGAAAUUAAACAUAGUGAAGUUGUUAGAUGGAUAUCUAGCAGAGAUUGCAAGAGAUCGGAAUCUUACCAUUGCGAAGUUCCAAAUUCUUGCAGAGGUCUUGACUGAAAAAGCUCGAAACUGCCAUGACGGUCUUUACAGAGCAAUAGACACCUAUCUGAAGAGUCAUCCAGACCUGAUGGAACAUGACAAAAGAAGAUUGUGCAAAGUAAUGAACAAUGAGAAGCUGUCACUCGACGCAUGCCUUCACGCUGCACAGAAUGAGCGAUUGCCGCUUCAAACUGUGAUGCAGGUGUUGCUAUCAGAACAAGUUAAGAUGAGGGCGGCAAUCAAUACUAAGGAGGUGAUCCUACCUACAGGAAGUGCAAUUGAGCAUGGCAACAACUUAUUAUAUACCAACAAAGAGAUUAAAGAAAUCAAAGCAGAAUUAGACAUGGUCAAGACGAAAAUGGGUGAGUUACAAAAUGAUUACUAUGACUUACAGCAGGAAUUCGAGAAGCUAAACAACAAGCAAAAACAUGCAUCUGGUUGGAACUCAGGAUGGAAGAAAAUAAAAAACUCAUUCUUUCAACCAAGGAUGGAUAGUCAUGUUACCCUGAGCGGCGAAGAAAUUUUGCAGCAGACACAAGGCGGUAAGAGUACUGGCACUGGACAUCGAAGAAGGUUUUCCAUUUCUUAAGGCAUUCCCUGUAAAAUACAAGAUAAAAGUGAAAAUAUAAGAUUAUCCCAUGAAACCUGAGAUAUAAUUUCUCAUGUCGGUAUUGGUUUCUCUUCAUGUUAAAUGAGUUAUUUUCUUGUAGCUUGCAAAAUUCAACCGAAGAUAAAAUGUAAUUCAUUGAGUUUUCUGAAUAAGACUAAAAAACAGGAAUCAGGGACAAAAA